UUGUUGUGAACUUACAACUGGUUUUGCCUGACAGGUCACAGUAAUGAAAGGCAGUAGUAGGAGUAAGGAUCAUUCGACAGAAGGAGAAGGGACUGGGAAGCGACCAAAAAGAAAGUGUCUUCAGUGGCAUCCCCUGCUUGCCAAGAAACUACUUGACUUCUCUGAAGAGGAAGAGGAAGAAGAGGAAGAGGAAGAUAUUGAUAAGGUGACGCUCCUUGGCGCCGAUGGUUUAGAGCAGGAUGCCGAUGAAACUGAAGAUGACGAGUCCUCAGAACAACGAGCUCGCCGACCAAUGAAUGCAUUUCUCUUGUUCUGCAAACGCCAUCGCUCUCUCGUACGAAAAGAACAUCCUCGCCUCGAUAACCGUGGCGCAACCAAGAUCUUGGCGGAUUGGUGGGCAGUUUUAGAUCCAAAGGAAAAGCAGAAGUACACUGACAUGGCCAAGGAG